GCCACUUGCCACAAAGCAGUAUUUUAGUCUGUUUAUUUAUUGGUGAUUCCUUAAGAUUCUAUCACCUGGCAAUGUCAUAACUGAGUUUAUAUAAGUAAUUUCUGUGAUAGUCACAAUGACAAGUCCACAUUUUCAGGAUUCAUCCCAUUGUUAAUUGGCACAUGAUUACACAUCAUUCCCUACAGUGCAGAGUAUGUUAUGCCCAACUCAUUGGAAGGCCUAGAAAGAUUGUAGUCUAUUCUCCCAUGUUCUUUCUCCUCCAAGAUUUCUAGCCAUUCUGUACUUCAGUCUUUCCCAGAGGGAUAGAGGAUACGCUCUUGCUAUCUGUAUUUUCUUGUACCUAUACUCUAAUUUCUAGCCUUCACAGAUUUCUCAAUCUCUUCAAAAUGAAAACUUUGGAUUUGAAUUUGGAUCAUGAUCAGACUUGGUUCUUGAGGUGGAGGCAGUUAUCACUCCUACUCCUGCCAGCUUCUUCAAUAUGUCACACUGGUCAUAAAUCUUGCUACUCACAUACUAUCCAGAAAGGAAUGGGUAAUUGAACUCUACCUGAUUUCAGGGAUCACAGAACCUCUGGGACAACAGCAUCUCUUAGCUUCCUAAGAGUUAGGAAGAAUUCAACAGAAAAGUCACUUUCCCUGGAGAGCCACACUCCACAUUCCUACCUCAAGUUCCUGUCCCCUCACUUAAGUUCCAUUUCCUGGGCAAAGGAAUGUAGCAUAUACAAGCUGAAUCUUCAGAACCUGAGGAACAUGCGAGUCCAACCACCAUUAUUGUCACUAGACACACCUGCAUGCUUUCAAUACAACUAGACAAGUCCUUUAGGGACCUUCAGGUUACAUGGGGGAUGGGGAAGGUAAAGGAUAGCCACCACCUAAAAGUACUGUUGGAUGAAAGGGUACACCUAAUUAUGUAGAGUCAUGUACUGAUGCUCAUGACAGUAGCAAUGGUUUUACUCAGAUUAGCAGUGAGAGGAGGUGUUGCACUCACAGCCCAAAUCCAACAAGGUCUCCUAGAUGGGCAUUACAGGGACCUGUUUUCUAGAAGAGUGACUUAUUUCCUAUGGAAGGAAUGGUCAGGAAACUGAGCCUUGGGAAAUUGGGGAAACAACCCUCCAAGCUUAGUGAAGUCUAGUGGUCAGAUGGAUUUAGCAACUUUGUUCUAACAACAGCCCUCUUGGGGACUCUGUGGUAGACUAAAGUUCCUCUAAGUUGUUUCAGAACUUGAAAGGUGUGACUGCUCCAGUAGAAAUAAAAUGUUAACUGUAUGUAUAAUGUGUGUGUGUGUGUGUGUGUGUGUGUGUGUGUGUGUGUGUGUGUGAUGCUAGGGAUUGCACCCAGGGCUUUAUGCAUACUAGAAAACAGUCUAGGUUAUCCCUACCCUGAACAUUGUUGGUAAAAUAAUUUGCUUAUCAUUUUCAUGCUGAAACUUUUAAAUAAGUGCAUUUGAGCAUCACAACACUUCCAAAUGCUUAGUUGCUACAUGCAGCUUUUAGAAAGCACAGCUCUGGACCGUUAAGAUCAGUUUCAUUCCUACUAGGUAACUCUUGCUUCAAGAUGGAUAUCCUCUAUGACUCCUGACUUGAGCUUCUCAUUCUACCCAAGAAAUAUUGGUUUCUACCCCAGGCAUGGACCUAUUUGCUCACAUAAUGAGGUGAGCUAAGGAAGAGAUGUGAAAAAGCCAAGCAGCAAGCUUGCACCCUACACUUAUGUCUACUAUAGGAAGAGAUGGACUCUUAUUUUAUUUGCCUUUUAAAUGUACAUACUUGUGUGUUUGGGUUACUUUCCUUGGGCAAGUUCCUUAGGAAGCGCUGGCCUAGGAGAGGGUGAGCACCCAGAAGCAUGGGCUGAGAGAUGCCAGCCUCCCAAGACCUCAGCCAGAGUUGUUGCAGCCAGUGCUGAACUCGGGGUGACCUCCCUACAGGGAUCACAGUAAUGAGCCCAGCUGUAGCCUGCAUUUUGAACAGCCAGGACAUGUGCUCCUGAAAGAAGAAACCCAGGAAUCUGAAGAGCAGUUUCCAAGGCCACAGCCUUUCCCCCUUUGCUACUUUCUAGGCUUUAAAACUACAAAUUAUUGACUGGGAAAGGCAGACAUCAUGUUCACAGCACCUGGUGUGGCAACAACUCGGGAAAGACCUUAUUCCUGCAGUGUGUGUGGCAAGAGCUUUCAGUAUAGUGCAGUGCUGCUGCGACACGAACGUGCCCACGGUGGCGACAAGCGUUUCCGCUGUCUAGAGUGUGGAGAACGCUGUGCUCGAGCGGCAGACCUGCGUGCGCACAGGUGGACCCAUGCUGGCCAGACCCUCUAUAUCUGCAGCGAGUGUGGCCAGAGUUUCAGUCACAGCGGCCUGCUGGAUCUACACCUGGGAACGCACCGAAGGCGCAGCCUCACCUGCCCUUGCCGCCUCUGUGGCCGUCGCUUCCCGCAUGUCCCUGCGCUGCUACUGCAUCGGGUUCGCCAGCACCCACCUGAGAAGCCCCACCGCUGCCCUCUGUGUGCCCGCUCUUUUCGGCAGAGUGCUCUUCCUUUCCACCUGGCACGGGCACACCCCCCUGAGAUCAUCACUGUNACCGCCCCAACCCCCAGCACNCUCUACCACUGUACACAGUGCCCACGGGCCUUCCAUAGCAGUGCUGGGCUGCGGAACCAUUCCCGCAUCCAUGUGGUCCCCAGCCUCAGUGACCCUGGCNCUGAGGCCCAUCUNUGUAGCGUAUGUGGUAAGAGCUUCAGCAAGAGUUCCACACUCACGCGACACCUCCAGAGGCAUUCUGGGGAAAAGCCUUUCAAGUGCCCUGAGUGUGGCAAGGGCUUCUUGGAGAGUGCCACACUUGUGCGGCACCAGCGAACACACACUGGGGAGAAGCCAUAUGCAUGUAGCGACUGCNGNNGCUGUUUCAGCGAGAGCUCCACACUGCUGCGUCACCAGCGCAGCCACCAGGGUGAAAGGCCNCACGUGUGUGCCACUUGUGGCAAGGGCUUUGGGCAGCGGUAUGAUCUAGUAGUGCACCAGCGUAGCCACACAGGGGAGAGGCCCUUCCCAUGCCCUGAGUGUGGCCGGGGCUUCACAGACCGCUCCGACCUCACCAAACACCUGCGCACACACACAGGGGAAAAGCCCUACCACUGUGAGCUGUGUGGCAAGCGAUUCACCUGCAUUUCCAACCUCAAUGUACAUUUGCGNAACCAUGCAGGCCAUAAACCACACAAGUGCCCAGAGUGCGGCAAGUCCUUUAGUGUUGCCUCCAAACUUGCACUGCAUAGAAAGACACACCUAGGUGAGCGGACAGCGGAGUGCACAGAGUGUGGCAAAUUCUUUAGCCAUGGCCGGUCGCUAUCACAGCACCAG